UUGUUAAGAAAUAAAAACUAUGACAAUGACGAAAGUGAAUUCAGAAAUGUUGAUUGAAAAUAAUUCAAUAAAUAAUUUAAAAUUAUCAUCACAACAAAUGGCUGUGUAUUUUGUUAUGAGCUUCCGAAAACUAUGUUUGGCAACUGUUUCACUUCCUUUAGUUGCGUUAUGUUUUUGUUUUAUUACAGCGUAUAUCUUCCAAUAUGAUGAUGUUCAUGAAACACAUUGUAGAGUUUAUAACAUAAUUCCAUCGAUAAGUGCAAUAACUGGCGUUACACCACAAAUUUACUUAUGGCGUGUUUGUGUGGCAUUGCAUAUCGGCCCUAGAAUUAUAAUUGCAUCUGUAUAUCAUUCAUAUUAUGCUUCGUUACUACGUGUAAAUAAAGAUUCUGAGUCUAGUUUAUCGACUCGAUUCUGGUUGACUUUAACUUAUUGGUUAAAUGUUAUUGAAAUUGCUGCAUUAUGUGGUGUCACAUACAUUUCAAAUCGAGAAAACUAUCCUAUUCAUGAAAAAAUAUUUAUAACAUUCAUGAUAAGCUCGUUAACGCACAUGUUAGCGAACAUAAAAGUUAUACGAAUCGCUCAAAGUAUGGGCGCCAAAGAAAAGUCCCAGGGACAACCACUUGCUCAAUCACUUUUCAUUAAACAAACUUUAUUCGCAAUAUCUUUAUUAUCGACUGUUGGAUUAGUUGGGUUUUUCUUGAAACAUCGAUUGCUUUGUCAUGAUAUGGCAUUUAGUUGGUUUGCAUUAUGUGAAUACAUAAUUGCUAUAUCAAAUAUGGCGUUCCAUGUAAUCGUUGUAUUUGAUUUUCCAACAGAAAAUUUAAUUGUGGCAGAUGCGAUCCCAUUAACAAGCCCAGCUUACAAUAAAAAGUCCAACUAAACUAAAAUAAACGUAAUAAAUUCAUAGGAUUGAGGUAAACUUUAAAAACUAUAUAAAAAUUGAAAAAAUACCAUUCGUGUUAAAUUUAUUGUUUUAUUUUUUACAAACUUAUUUAUUUAUUUUAUUUUUUUAUUUUACAAACAAAAGCAUUUAAUUUUGUUUAUUUUUAGAAUCAAACUGAUUUGUAUAAGUAGUACCUUAUGCCAGAAGAAUGUAUCAACCAAUUUUCGGAUUUUGUUGAGAUAUUUUGCCAGUGCAUUCCAUUUGUUAUCAAAAUUGUAUUUUGGUGGAUGCAACCUUCUGACAUGAGGCCCUCGAUAUGACUACAAAGCUUUAAGCUAAUCACAAUCAACAGGGUAUUGCAACACAUUUAGAUAUUUAAUUUCGAAAAGACGUUCGUUUAAAUAAAUUCUAUUUUUAUUCCAAUAUUAAUGGCUUCCAGAAAAAGAUUUUGAUGUGGUAAUGUUUCAUCGAUUCCAAUCUUGUGUCUGUGUAUCCAAACAAAUUUAACUGUAUGUAUCCGUCCAGAUGUGUUUGACUAUCAAUUAUCACAAUUGGAGCCAGUUAACUAAUCGUCAGUUUUAAUACAUUUUAAUUGAAUUUUCAAAAUUUUUCCUUAAAUACUUAUACAAAUCAGAGCUAGUACCUAUUUAUUGAUAUUACUCUAAUCUUCUUGGUAACAUUAUGUUCUUCUAGUCUAAGAAAAAUAGAAUUGUAAUUUCCAAACAAGCAGGCAAUUAAAGGUUAAAUAACAGUCCAAUCAAAUAGUCUUUCAAUCAAAAUAUGAAGGCAAUACUCGAAUACAAAUUUUUCAAGGAUCCAAAUUUUUCAAACUAAAAUUUCCCUCUAUGAAACACUCAAUUUGUUUUGUGGGCGUUCAAGAAUUGAAGCUGAUACGGGGCUCUUAGGCAGUUGCCUACUCUUCCUAAUGGUUACAAUCUGGCCCUGACUAACCAUUCAAGUAUUUAUUUCCUCAUCCAUAUUUUGAUUGAUAGGAGUAAUUAAUUGAACUGUUAAAAAAUGUCGAUAUAUUUAUGAGUUAAAUAUGAAAAACUUGAUACAAACAUGAAAAUUGCUAAAAACACAUGACAAAAAGGAAAUAUUUUAUUCCCAUAAGUCAGUCU